ACGUUCGUUUGAGUUUGAAAAGCAACACCAACCAACUACAGCAGGAGGAAGAGAGAAACUUCAGGACUGUUAACUUUGUCUGAAAAUCGUCAGCAGAGAGUCAUGGACUCGAAGACCGUCCCGGAGGAGCAGGUUUCACAGGGUUUGUCUGCGGGGGCGAGCAGUGCGACGACAGGAGACGUUUUGCGUGACAGGAGAUUGAGAAUUGCCAUCUGUGAUCUACAGAAGAAACAACGGGAGCAGGAAGAGCUUAACGCAAAGAUGAAGGAGCGCAAACAGUUGUUGGAAAGUCUUCAACAGCGCAUAGAUGAGCUGCAGAUGGAGGUUAAGACAGUGGAGGAGUUAUACUCAGGCUUUGAUUUGUUUCUUAAGGAUGAAUAUGUAGGUCAAGCUGCUGAGAAAGCAGAGAGGGAGAAGGAAGAGGGCCUUAAAAAAGAGGCAGAGAUAAAGAGGCUGAAGGAGGAGCAUGCUGAAAUGAUGGAGAAGAAACAGGAGGUAGAGCAUCAGGUGCAGAGACACACUGUGUAUCGGGACUUCAUGGAGCGCGUGGUCAAAAUGACAAAGUUCGAAGAUGUGGAGCUGCUCACAGGUCAUUUAGAGAGUCUUCUCCACUUCAGAGAUAAGCUCUAUCGCAAGGAGAGUGAGGUGCAGGAUCAGGUUGACCAGCAGAGAAAAGCACUGCUAACACUAGAGGACAAGAAUCACUUGAUGCGGCUGCACAAGAACAACCAGCUGUCCGAUCUCCGGACAGAGCUAGAGAAGGCGCGCUCUGAAACUUUAAUAUGGGAAAGGAAUUGGAACCAGAUUCAAGAAACGGCAGCAAAGAAAACACUACUACUGGGACAGAUUAAGAUGGCAACCCUCAACCUUUAUGAAACGAUAGAUGACAAGAUAGUGGGAGAGGAGGGUGUGGAUAUGAAUGACACAGAGAAACAGCUGGACAGGAUCAAGCAGUUCAUCCUUGACCACGAUGACAUAGUGAGACAACAUCAAACUCCCUUACAAAGGCAGAAUGAAGGACAGAAAAGGGACCAGAAGACUAAAAAGGGCCAUCCCAAAUCAAAACAUUAGGAUGUUUCAAUUAAACUCCUUACAGUAUUGUGAAUUUAAAACUGAAUUCACCGAAAACUAGCAAUGAGUAGUUCAUUUAAAGUUUAUAAGUUGUUUUGAUGUAAAACUCUUGAGUUAACUGAACUUGAAGACAAUGAACUUCAAUAAACUUAAGUGACUGAGUGCAAUUAA